UCUUAUCCCUAUAAGUGGAAUAUUAAAAAUUCAGAGAGCACGUUUUUCUUCGGUUUUUAGCUUUUCCCGUAUCUCAGUCGAGCAGUGCCCCGGAGCUGCCGAUCCUCCCAUCGGCAUGAGGAGCCCGGCCAGGGGGAGUCCCGCCCAUUCACACGCUUCCAGCUCGCAUUAGCACAAAAAGCGGCGCUUUUGUCUUGCUGGAGGCUUCCUGGGUCCCACAGCUACUGUCCUGAGAGCCGGCGGAGGGCAAAAGCAAUGCGGCAUUGCUGGGUUUGCGAGGGGACCGGCGCUGCGGCAAAGGAGCCUUUCGGUAAUUUCGGGGAGCCGCAAUGAAGCAGCGGAGCUCCGCAACCAGCAGCGACACGCCGUGCGUUUACACCGGAUCCCGGCGGCGCCUGGGACCCACGGACAGCACAGAGUCCUGAGUCCAGUCAGUCUGAUGCGGGAUGCAUCUCCUCUCAUCAGUGGUGCUAGGCUUCAGCAGUGAUGGAGACGCGUCUGCGGCGGUCAAGAUAAACUUGUUGUCUUAUUUAAAAUAACAGCGGUGUGAUAUUGGCGUUGCACGGAAAGCGUGGCUUUAUUGGCAGACGGCAGAUGAAGAUCGGUCACUGCAGAUAACCCGAUAUAAUUUGGUGCAGGGAGUCUGAUGUAAGAUUCCCAUCCCCACAGUGAUAAUGGUUCUGAGAUGUCCCAGAAACAGGUCGCUGGUAUGGGGCGCCCUGUGCGUCGUCGUGGUAUACUGGGUCUAUAACUACCCGGUGUACCGACUGCCCAGCGACAGUGAGGUGGUGCGCGAGGUGCUGCGCCAGGGGCGGACAUGGCAGCGGAACCGCACAGGAAUCCAUCUACUCAGGAAGCUGCUGGAGGAGUGCUGUCAGCCUAAGGAGAUGUUCGCCAUAACCAAGGAAAACUCGCCCAUGGGGAAGGUUUUGUGGUACGACGGGGAACUUUACCACUCACACACGGUGAACAAUGUCACCUACCCCCUGUUUGUGCAGAAACCUCCACUUUCUUCACUCCUGAAGAAAUGUGCCGUCGUUGGCAAUGGAGGAGUCCUGAAGAGCAGUGGUUGUGGUGGGGAAAUCGACCAAUCGGAUUUCAUCAUGAGGUGCAACCUGCCGCCGCUGUCUAAGGAGUACACUGACGAUGUCGGGACCAAAACACACUUGGUGUCUGCGAAUCCCAGCAUCAUCGAAAAAAGGUUUCAGAACCUCCUGUGGUCCAGGAGAUCCUUUGUGGAGAGCAUGAAGGCUUAUGGCUCCAGCUACAUCUACAUGCCGGCCUUCUCCAUGAAACCAGGGACGGACCCAUCCCUUCGGGUUAGCUACGCCCUGUCCGACAGUGGCUCCAACCAGACGCUGCUCUUUGCCAAUCCAGACUUCCUGAGGAGCGUGGACAGGUUCUGGAAGGCCCGUGGCAUCCAUGCCAAGCGUCUCUCCACAGGCCUCUUUCUUGUGAGCCUGGCGCUGGGACUCUGUGAGGAGGUCACAGCCUAUGGCUUCUGGCCCUUCUCCGUGGGCCUGGAUGAGGGCUUCAUAAGCCACCACUACUAUGACAACGUCCUGCCCUUCUCCGGCUUCCAUGCCAUGCCUGAGGAGUUCCUGCGGCUGUGGCAACUCCAUAAGGGUGGCGUCCUGCGCAUGCGCGUCAGCAGAUGCCCGUCGGAAGCUGGGUAGUCCCUCACUGGCCCACCGUCACCAGCAUGCGAACAUUCGUCUGGGCUCCCUCCGUACUUGCCUCUGCAUGCCUCCCCUUCCCUAACGUUUGAUGUUUUUAGCUGGCAGAGAUGCCUGUUUGGAGUCAUGGAUCCUGAAAAUGUCGCAGACGUCGAUCUGGGUCGGCAGGACAUGGGGGAAGGAGGGGGAAGGAGAAAACCAGAGGAGAGAACAAAAUGAACAAGUCAGUGAGGUCAGCACUGCAGCUGCUCAACCAGAAUCACAGGGGGAGAGGGAAGUGCUGGCGAUUAAUGGCAAGGAUUAUCACAGUUCAUGAAGCAAGACUUCAGUGUGGAACCAGCAGUCCAGACAUGAGAACUGAGCAUUAAUACUUCUCUCUAUUUCCUUUGAUGUUUCCAAACUCGCUACUCAAUUGACGUCGUUUUAGCUAUAGGGUAACCUAACCUGCUAACGAAAAAAUAAAUAUAUCUUGGUGUCAUAAUACAUCAACGUAAUAAGAAGCUUGUGGGUGACAGAGAAGGACCCCAUACCAGUGUUUGGGAAAAGACAUGUGGAACAAUCAAGAAUCCUAAAUCAACAAUUUGGUUUGUCCUCAGUGAAAAUGACGGGAUGCCAUGAGAGGCAGCUCAGCUGAUGGCAGGAGUGGGUUCUGGGAGAGCCCGGUUCUCCAUGGGUCCUUCCUUUUGGGAAGAACAAUUUACAAAGGACACGCAAGAGUUCAUGGUGAGGCUGCACUGAGGCCAUUUUGACAGUGUUAAAAUCCACCCCCCAAGUCACAUUAAACUGCGAUAAUGAGCACUUUAUGGUACAAACAUGUGGGGAAAUUCAUACAUUACAAUCUUUGUUCUAUGGAACUAGCGAUGUCAGCUACCUCCUGAACUGGAGAAAUGGUUGGAAGAUGGAUGGAAGGGUGGAUAGGUGGAUGGAUGGAUGGGUGGAUGGAUGGAUGGGUGGAUGGAUGGUUGGAAGGCAGUGCGAGAAACGCGAAUGGUUUCUAACAGUGUUUUCAUUUGCCUUUGAUGCUGUACGAUUGGCUCCACUCGGGGGCCCAUAAUGCACUGCUUUGUUAGUUUACAUCAUCUCCCAGAAAGGUCCCCACUUCGUGCUUGUUGUCCUGUUCCAUCGAGGUGCCGGUUGAAUGUGCUCUGAAGGCUUUAAGAGUGCCUUGUCCUUAUUAGCUGGACAUAACAGAAGGAGCAAGAAAAAAUUAAUUUUGUAUUUCAGUGAGCGAUACCUUCAGAAACACUGCAGUGUGUCAGAAACACCCGUUAAUAAUGAAGUGUGUAUUUGGGGACAUACGAUCUCCCCGCUUAGGGUGAUGAGGUGACUUAACCUACAGCCAUAUCUGUAUUCUAAGUUGGUCAGCUGGUCGUUCUGGGAGUUUCAGAUCCUGAGGAUUUUACUCCUUAUCGUCCUAAAUUUCCUGCCUACUUUUCUGAAUGUCAUUCUGUAUUUAGAGGAGAUGCAAUUUAACCCAGUUUAUUGGCACUAUAAGUUUUUUGUGACACAUUAAGCCAGAGAAGUAGAAUAAUGGAUUUUUUAUGUCUUCAUGACUGUUGGAUAGCUUUUGUCUGCACUGUGUAUUUAAUGCAAUUAACCUUUCAUGCUGGUACCAUAGUGUUUCAAUAGGUCUCGAAUUGACAGUAUUGACGUUACAUUGAUGGUAAAUGCUGAAGAAGCCAUUUCACCUGAAAAUGAUGAAAAUGUCAGAUUUAGUUUUCUCUGUUUCCCGUCAACCAGGAAACACCUUUUUACUGGCUGUUUAUCUCUGGGGGAUUACAGUCAGAGCUGGCCGAUGUUUGUCAGUGAAAACCACCGAAAAACAAGAUCUAACAGAUCUUUUCUUUUUAAAUGUAACGUGAAUGUGAUCACUGAACAGUUUCUAAAUGUAAAUAUAGCCUAAAUGAAGAUGUGGCACUAUAUCGACUAGCAUCCCAGCCGGAAAUGACGUUUGGUUUGUGCCGCAUGCUGAUUUGUUGACAUUGUAGUCUUCAGGGAACCAGCCAAUCAGGUCAAGGUUGGCAAAGUAAGCAAGGGCGUGACCAAUCACGUCACAGCUGACCAUGUCUCUGCAUUACCUAUAGAGUAGAAAAGUGAGUUUUGUGUAUGAAAAGCUGUUUGUGUUUUGAUGUUCACUUGUACCACAGUUACCCUUUGUAUAGUGGUACCUUUUUGCCAUGGGAGCCCUGCACCGCGGUAUCUGCCACCGCUUCACAGUG